UACGCAUUAAAUCUUGCUUAACGCAGUUUACUAAAGCGAAAUCCUCAUUAUUAGCGGUCUCUGGUGCACGAUAAACGUCUACUAUGAAUAUAUAUUUAUUAUUUAUUCUCGAAGUUGCCUUAUCACAGGCCAUAGACAAGCCCACUCACGUGAGGGUGUCGCUAUACGAACCAGAAGGGUUGUUUGUUCAGUGGAGAGUUGUAGACAAUUUUCAAGCAAAUCCAAUAAUUGGAUAUAAGAUAAGAGUAUGGCAAAUCGAUGAAAGCUUACACGGUUCCUAUACCUUAUUAAAUGGAGAACAACUUGCUAUAAUUUCGGAUGAAAGAUCUGUUGAGCCUUAUAGUAUUGAAGUUCCGAAACAUACGCCACGAGAAUUUACCACUCCCAACAUCGAUAUAAUAAAUGACUUAAGCAUCAAAAUAACAGAUGGAAUAAAAUACAAUACACUGUAUGAGGUACGUGUUCUCGCAUACAGGAAGAAUCUUGAUGGACCAAUGUCGGAGCCCAUUAGAGUGAAAAUCGUAAAUGGAGAAGGUUAUACAGUGCUAGCUCAGAAGACAUCCCCGAAUAACUGUGCAAUCUCAAGUAUUAGUGAAACAACACCUGAAAAUGGUGUACAAUAUUAUUACAUUGAAACUGUUAAUUUGUAAAUUAAUAUUUGUUUAUUUUUAAUUAUGAAAUAAAUGAAUCACCCUCAAUAUGUGUAACAUAGAUAAUAUUAACACUACAGGAAAAUGGCUAACAUGAAGCAAACGAUCGAAACUUUACAAUAAUAAGCUAAGAAAAAGAAAUAGUGGCACCUCAACCUUGUUAGGUCUAGUGUAGAAUCCUUAGUUCAAUUCGAACUAUAAAUACAUUAAAUAAGGAUAUUAAAAAAUAUGUACAUUGUACUUGUAAGGAACAAAAAACAUACAUCUGGAUCACUCCACCAUUAUCUUACUGACUUCGUUCGCACAAUAGUUGCGGUCACGGAAUAUCCAAUGACAUUUAUCGUGUUGAUAUGAACAAGGCAACAUGAAACGUGUUCUUGUAUUUAUAAUUUGUGCUGGGUUUGUUAUAGAAAAAGAUAUACCAAAUAUUGAAAGUGUAAUAACGCUGUCGGACGGAUUGCUUGU